UAAACACCCAAUCAAUAUUCCCUAUAGAUCCGAAAUUUAAGUAUAAAUAUCGGCGGAUUGCUACAUUUGGCCAACAAUCAAGAUUUGUUUAAACACACUCAACAUGUUCUCCCAACUCGUUUUAGUGGCUUGUUUCACCCUUGCUAUUUCUGCAACCCCAGAAUUUUACCGUCACAUUAGAAGUAACCAUGGAGAUGGGUCCAUCAAUAACGACGAAAAUGAUAUCGGCAAAAAGGAAGGUGCUAGUGUUGGGGCUGGAUUGAGAAGUAUUGCUCAAGGAUCUGCACAACAAGCUCACAACGCUGUUCAAAACCAACAUUUAGCGGCCAGUCAAGCUGCUUAUGUUGCUAAAAAUACUUUAGCUCAAGCUGCAGCAGGAGCAUCAGCAACAGCUCAAGCCGCUUUAGCUGGAAAACAAAUUCUCCUCCAAGGUUUAGAACAACAAGUACGUGAUGCUAAGGUUGCAUUGGAAGGUGAAAGACAACAACUUCGCCAAGCAGAAAGAGCAGCCGACGCAGCUCAAAAAGCAUCGAGACAAGCCGCUCAACACGUUAAUGUACUCCAAGCAGCCUCGAACGUCGCCCAAGCAGCUUCUGAACAAGCUAACAGAGCAGCCGCUGAAGCUGCCGGAGAAUUAGCCGCCCAAGAGUCGAUGGUUGGAUCUGCCGAACAAAGAUUGGAACAACUCACAGAUCAAUUAAAGGGAGUUUUAAUUGAUUUUAGAGCAACUAGACACGCAGCGGCCAAUGCAGAACAAGCAGCAAGAGAAGCGCAAAAUAAUGCCGCAAGAGCCGCCGCUGCGGCUUCUGUUGAUUAUGAUGGUCACGAUGGCCGUCAGCAAAACGGAAAUGGUUCCGAAGAGCAUCACGCCGAAGCCAGUGUUCCGGAUGCGUCAUAUUCAUAUUAUUGAUAAAAAUUAUUUUUUUUUAUGUUUGUAAUUCUUGUAAGA